UCUGUGAAAGUGUCGUUUAUAUAAUCUAUGAUAGAAUAUUCGUGACGUUUGACGUGCAAACAGGUGUUAUUGUAAGCAACACAUGAUGAAUGGAAAGCUUUUCUCACUACUUCUUAGCUGCCUAAUUACUUUGGACUUCGUGAAUGCAUAUAUUGAUCAAAAUGAAGAUUCUCAUGAACAGUCAGGAAUAAAUUUUCUACAACUGUUUCGGUCCUAUGGAGAGCGUGAAAGGGAAAAUCGCAGGAAUAUUGAUAAUGAUUUGGAAACAUGGACAGGGAGAUGGAUGCCUGAAAGGUUAGGUGAUCCUACUCCACCUCCUAAAAUAUUAUCUAAGAAUGAAUAUUCGCAUGAUGAUUAUUCACAGAAUUUUAUACAUUCAAUACCUAUGGGUAUAGUAUCUACAGAAUGUGAUGAUGCUAAGACAAAUUUAACUAUUGAUUGGGAUGGAUCUCCAGUGAAUUAUACCUGUUACAAUAGACGUAUUAUACCUAAUACUGAAAUAAAUCCUAUGUUGUACUGUGAAGAGGUUCCAACAGCAUAUGUGGCUGCUCAUAAAUGUAUGAAUGAGAAGAUAGAAUAUGAUAGUGAUAUACCAAUUUAUGGAACGCAUAGAGCUUUAUGGCCUGUCUAUGGAGAAUAUAAAUUUUUACCAAAACAAAGAUGGCUUCAUAGUAUGGAGCAUGGAGCAGUUGUUAUGUUGUAUCAUCCAUGUGCUAAUCCAUUAGAAGUAAAGCGCUUGAAAUCUCUAAUUAAGGGUUGUCUUCGGCGACAUAUUAUAACACCGUACAAUCUUUUGGAGGAAGAUAGAGUAGGAGCGGAAGAAAGAAAAGGCAAAAAAAAUGACACCUCGUAUUCCCGAUAUAUCAUAUAUUCUUCACCGUUCGAGAAGAUCAUUAAAUACAUUGAACAUCGUGUCGGUUUUUGAAAUUCUUUUUACGGGCCGUUAUCUAUAAUUGUAUAGUAACUUCACUGCAGUGCUGACUAUAAUUCUUGCGGAUACUUAUCUUUAAUUAUAUAUAAAAUUAGGGUAAGAUAAGUAACGCUACUAUAUAUCAGUAAUGUAAAAUAUACUACCCGACUACUCAAUGGUAAGUCGUUAACGUAAAAGAAUAUAAUUGUACAGUAAACGCUUGGCUUAUUUUUUUCUUUUUUUCUCUUUCGUAGAUGAGUGACCUGAAAAUUAUUCUUACAUCUUCGGUAUUCUUCGGAUGAGAUUAUACGAGAAGACGAAUCCAACGAAAUCCUUUGGAAAGAAAAUCAAAAUGUUUCACACAAGAUUAUAUUUACCUUCGAACAAGGAUCUUUAUAAUUCAUUCAUCUCAGGCAAGUGGUAUAUGAGAAAAGAUUUCCAUCCAAAGGGGGUAUGUUGGAUUCGUAUUUCGUUGGUCGACUGAUCGUUAUCGCGCGAUCCGUAUCUCUAUAGAAUCGGAGAUAAACGGACUAGAGGCCUACCGUUAUACUCAUAGAGGAAACUUUCCUUUGUGCUUGAUUACACGAUGAAAGGGCACAUUCACUUGAUCACAUAUUAGCUCUACAGCAGUAAUAAUCGUUACCUGCUAAUUGAAACCACCCUUCGCGAUCGUUCGAACGGCCGAAAGUCGCGAAGAGUUUCUCGUUUGUUACGGCAAGUAACGAUUAUAUAGAAGAGGGUAUUCUUAACAUUAUUGCCAACUUUGUACAGUGUUAAUAAUAACAUUAUAAUAGAGAAAACGAAAACGAAAUAUAUUCGUAUCAUUUUUGUUCUUACACGAGAGAAGUCUAUAGUGCUCGUCUGACAUAAAAGUACGAGACGUAAAUACGUAUAGGCAGAAAAACACCGUUGAUUCAUUUAAUAUAAGUGAUCAUUAAUACAAUACCUUUAUUAAUUUUUUUUUAUGAAUCUCACCUAUGAAAUACCUACAAUAAAAAGUAUUGAUAUCUCUGUUACUCUUGCAUGUGCUACAUGUUGUUUUUUUUUACUUUAUAUAUACUUCGCUCGUACUUUCUCUCGCUCGUUCGUUCUCUCUCUCCCUCUCUCUCGCUCUAUCUCUUUCUUUCUUUUUUUGUUUUACUUCAAUAAUUUAAAUUUAUCAAUAUAAUCUCACUUUUAUCGCUGAACGAUCGAGGAAUCGCCGGCGUGCGACUCUCGCUUUGUCGUCUACGACUUUCUUAUUUUUUUUUUUUAUUUUUUUUUCUCCUUAUCGUCGUUUGUCGCUUCAUUUGUUCUCUUUUUUUCCUUUUUUUU